AUGAGGCAGGGCAGAGCAGUUCGCGCCGAGCUCACCCCUCCCCCGUCGCCAGGCGCGCGCAGGGACGUGCAGCUCCGCCGGGUCCGAAGGCAGCGCGGCAGCGGCAGCGGCAGCGGCCGCGGCGGGAGUGCCCCAGAGCCCCGCCCCCGGGGAGGGGCCGUCUGGCAGGUUUCCCCUCCUUGGCCCCAACUCCACGCCCGGGAUGAAAUUUAGCGGCAGGAAAGACGCGGUUGACGCGGCGUCGAUGGACUGAGACUAAGCCAAAAACCGGGUUCCUGUGCCAGGAAGAUGCUGGAGCGAGGCGCGGAGUCCGCGGUCGGAGGCACCAAUCCUAGUCCCACUAGCAAGGAACCGGUGACCAACGGAGAUGAAAGCGGCCCUGCCUCUCCCCACCAGAGCCCGCCGAAGAAGCCCAGCCAGUCCGCUCCAGGGUCUGUCGCGUCCGACGGCGCACCUUCCCGGCCGCGCCGGCGACCCCCACCGCAGCGGCCGCACCGCUGCCCCGACUGUGACAAGGCCUUCUCGUACCCGUCCAAGCUGGCCACGCAUCGGUUAGCACACGGCGGCGCCCGACCCCAUCCAUGCCCCGACUGCCCCAAGGCCUUCUCCUACCCCUCCAAGCUGGCAGCCCACCGCCUCACACACAGCGGCGCCCGGCCGCACCCGUGCCCGCAUUGCCCAAAGGCCUUUGGCCACCGCUCCAAGUUGGCGGCCCACCUCUGGACCCACGCGCCCGCCCGCCCCUACCCGUGCCCAGACUGCCCCAAGUCCUUCUGCUACCCCUCCAAGCUGGCGGCCCACCGCCACACGCACCACGCCACCGAUGCUCGCCCCUAUCCUUGCCCUCACUGCCCCAAGGCUUUCUCAUUUCCCUCCAAGCUGGCUGCCCAUCGCCUAUGUCACGACCCCCCCACCGCGCCGGGCAGCCAGGCCACCGCACGGCAUCGAUGCUCCAGCUGUGACCAGGCCUUUGGCCAGAGACGCCUCCUGCUGCUUCAUCAACGCAGCCACCACCGGGCGGAGGGCCAGGGGGACAGAGAGUGAACCCUCCCCUUGGCUCACUGGCUCCCUCUUCUGCCAGCCCAGGUCAAUAAAAAGGUGGGAUUUCUAAGCCGGUGGGGGGAAUGGACUUGCUUCUUCCAGGUAGCUGGCAGGGAGAGAGAGACUGGCCAUUUUUACUGGGCUCAAACUUAGAAGGCGAGGAACUCUUUGCUCACCUGCUUUGCGUACAGGGAGGUGUCAACCACAGAGUUAUAGCACUGGGUCCAAACCCACAGAUGUGGAACUGUGGUUUGACAGCACUGGCUGUUUCUCCCCACCUAUUUAUAGGGCAAAGGUAAAAAGUCUGCUAGUCCCGGGUUCUUCAAGACUGUGGACAAACAGGCUGUCUCAUUGUUGUUGAAAGUUUAAAUUGGUUUCUCCACUUUGGCCAUAUAACUGUAUGUAAAAAAUUUAAAAUACACACAUGCUUGUUUCAACUCUUCCACUUGUAGGAAUUUAUCCUAUAAACUCAUACAUGUGAAGAUGACAUAAAGGUAAGAUGUUCACUGCAGCAUGAUUGUUGUGGCGAAGGAUUGGAAACAACCCAAGCAACCAUCAUCAGGGGACCAGCUAAUGAACUGCAAUACUGCCACGGAGUGGAAUAUAUAGCUGUAGGAAAAAAGUUAGGACUGUAUGUACUGAUGUGGAAAGAUCCCCAAGAUAUACUAGGAUAUACAAGAUAUACAAGAUAAAGCAAGAACAAAGGGUAUAUACUACUGACAGUACAAAACCAUUUAAAAGCCCAAGCUUUGGAACCAGCCCUGACCCACAACUUAUGAGUUAUGGGGCCUUGGGCAAACUGUGGCACUUCUUUGGACUCAGAUGCCUUUUCUAUAAAACAGGGUAUUAUAAGGCAUCUGUAAGGGGUCAAGCAUCAUCUCUGGUAAAGCUAGUUGCUCUUUUGGAGCCUAUUUCUCCUGCUGUAAGAUAAGAAUGAGCAAGCUAACAUUGAACUGCCCCUUGUUCCGUGUAUAUAUAUUAAGCACCUACUGUGUGUUGGGCCCUGCAUGGGGUGUUAAUGGCACAGCAGUGAAGACAGUCCUAGCCUAGUGAGGAAAGUGAACACUAAUCAAUAAAGUGGCCCGAAAAGGAAAAAAAAAAAAGAGAGAGAGAGAGAGAGAAGCCAAAUUCAUUUAGAAGAUCAAGUAGGUAAGGGGCUGGCUGGUGAUCUCAGUUGGUUGGAGUGUGGUGCUAAUAACACCAAGGUCCAGGGUUUGAUCCCUGUACCAGCCAGCUGCCACCGCCCCCCCCCCAAAAAAAA